AUGGAGAUAAAAACAACGAGAGAACACUCCAAUGAACGGCAACGUUGUCCAGAUGAGCGGAUGGUUCCAGGGGACUUGAUUGCCUCCGCAACUCAAGCCCAUAGAACGAGACUCACCACCAGUGUUCCCACGCCCAGAAAAUCAAUGCGCUUCAGUCGUGAUUUGUCCGUGACUUUCACGGGGAUGUUGACUUUCCAGGUCACCAAAUACGAUGAAUGGUACCUGGAUAAGAGCUUUAUUCUUGAAAAAUGA